GUGGCAGACACCAGCCCCACAGACAGCUGCUGUGCUCAGUGAUGACAGAUCUGCUCUAUCUCAUGAUCAUCAGAACCAGGAGAAGACCACCAUACUCAUCCCUGCCUCCAGUCCUGCCCUCCACACUCUACUGACUGGGGACCCUCAUCUGGAUCCAGUAUUCAGUGUUGCUAUGGUGGAGAAAGUCCAACGCCCUCUGGUGACCAGUAUUGUGCACAGCAGAGAAGAAUCUCCAGAGGGCUCUGAAAAAGGCUCACAUCUUUCCUUGGGCAAAGGAACAUUAGAAGGAGAAAAGUCUGGAGUAAGUAACAUGGGAGGACGUCCAGCUGCUGCCAAUGCUGCCCGUGAGAGAAAUCGGGUACAAACUCUGCGACAUGCUUUCCUGGAGCUACAGAGGACAUUACCUUCUGUGCCUCCAGAUACAAAACUUUCAAAGUUGGAUGUUCUCAUACUUGCCACCACCUACAUUGCACACCUUACCCGCAGUCUCCAGGAAGAAGAUGAAAACAGCCAAAGCCAUCAGUCCACAACUCCUGGUAAUUCUGGCAGUGUCAGUCCAGAUCUUCUAGGAAGUCUGCACAGUGGGGAUGGAUACUUACAUCCUGUCAAGAAAUGGCCCAUGAGGUCUAGACUAUAUAUCGGGGCCACUGGGCAGUUCCUCCACCAUUCUUCAGGAUCAGAGGGCCUGGACCACGAGGAGACCAUGCAAAGAUCAGAAUGCUAAGACUGGGGCUCUUCACUGUGCUGAUAAAUUAGACUUUAUUCUCCUGUCACUUUCUGUGUUUGGAAAUUCCUGCAUGAAUCACCUUCUGCCUCAAAGGCUGUUUUAAACUGAAGAACGUAACAUGCAUGAUGUCACAGAACCAAACUAAUGAGGAUAAAAAAAAAAAAGAAAAGAAUGGCUAUAUGAAUGAAUUAAAGGGGUAAUCCAGCAGAAUAAAAAAAGACUGGCCAUGGACUCCAAAUGCUUUAUAAAAAUAACAGAUCUCCUGUCAUUACUGAUCCUCCUUGGCUUCCGUUCUGAUGGUGCUCUGGUUCUCCAUCCUGACAUGGCAGGAAAUGGCUGACAGAAACGCGCUACCUAUCUACUACACUAUAAAAGUUAGUUUCUGGAUAUUUAAGGCCAAACACGCACAGGCGAGUUCAAUGCAAGAAACUUGCAGUGUGACGUCCUGUUCUGACCUCCGCUCCUCUGACAGGAUCGCACAGCGUU